AUGCUUGCUCGAGUUGGAGGCCCCCUUGGCCCCGUCUGCCGGCCUGUCUGUCUGCCGGCCUUGACCGUCUACCCUGGUCCCGCUGCAUUGAUGCACGAUGGUGACGAUGCGUCGGACGUUCUGGAAAAAGGGGAAGAACCAGCUCUCCAGACGAGGCAGGGCACCUGUAGCAAGGGGGGGACGUCGAGCCACGGAGGAAUGCGUCUCAAGGGCCAUACCUGUGUACCUAACAAGCCUAGGCGGCCAGGUUCCCGGGCCCCUUCCCAAUUUUCGGCAAGGGGGGAAAGUCGGGCGUCCAUCUUCUCUCGGUCAGGUCGUCCCCCCUCUUACCCGUUCAAAACUCCUCAACCCGACCCGGCUUCCUUUCCCGACGGAAGUGGGCGUCCGCCGAGGCUGGAUAAGAUUGCUUGUUUCCCUCGACAUGAGCGCCAAAUAGACACCAUCGCGUCGCAUCAAUCUCGGUCCAGCAGAAAGAAAGAACCAACGGGCCGGGGACCUGGUCCGCAACCGAUUCAUGUGUUGGACCACGUCUGGGACCUUGACAGCCCGACUGAUCCAUCCAUGCCGAGGCCCAACUGUGCCCUUUCAUGUCUGUUCGUUUUCCUGACCAGUGCAGUGGGAGGAAGGCCAGGCCGGGCCACGCCAAGGCAAUGGGAAGAGAGGCAGAUCCGAACAGGGAAACGUACAGCCCGAUGGAAGGUAAGGUAUCGAGUGUUGAGGCUCGCCCCUGAUGUCCGGGUCUCGCAAGGUCAACAACGCGCUAUUGACUCAGCAACGCGCACGCCGGCUGUUGGUUCUCUGACGCGAAGACUCCACAAGAGAAUCAACGGCAGAGAGGGAAACCCAGAGAGCGCGAGCGAGAAAGAACAAGAGAGUGUGAAGAGACAUAGGGAAAGACCGACACAGCCGUUGAGGCUCAUCUGCAUUCCUUCCCCAAUGUCCCAAUCUCACCCAUGGACACGCCACCCCGGACCGCCCCAGGGGUACCUCAGUCAGGCACUGAAGGUAGCUAGGUAG